AGCAGUGAACUCUACAGUGCCUGUGGAGCAGUUUCUUCAACAGGUUGCAGGUGUCAGUAGUAGCUUGCUAGGUGUCACUACCUGACCUUGAUACAUUACGUUCUUCUUGGCCGCACUUCACCUCCACCAUGUUAGGACUUGCUUCCAUCUUCUCUGCCAUUCUCUUGGCCUCUGCCAUCCCCUUCACCUCUGUGGGUGUGUUGGAGCCUGAGUUGACAGCUCUGCUGCAGGAGUACCUGACGCCCCUCGACCCAGCUACUAUUGACGCCCUCACAGACCUUCAUAUUGUUACAGACCACAGCGAUUUACUGUUCAGUGGCACAGAUGUUGUCGUGUCGGGUUUCUCCAAUAUCGUGGUGACUCUUUUUGAGCCUCCCAUACCUUUAAUCUCAAAAGCGGUGAGGCUCGACACUGUGAUAGAUGUCCUGAGUAUCCACACUGAUAACUACGAACUCACUGGCACCUUCAACGGGGCUGAUAGUUUGAACUCCGGCAAAGCAGAUCUGACACUGAAUGAGUUCGGAGUGAACAUCUUCUUCAGAGCAGACAGCUACUCGGUGGAGCCUCUCUCCCUGUGUAUCGAGCAAGGUUCUUUGACUGUUGAGCUCACCGUCACUUCCAUAAUAUCUGAGCUGGAAGGAGCUGAUGACAUCAACGCAGACAUUGAUGCCAAUGGACCAGCACUCCUGGAGCUGGUAGACAAGCUGCUGGAGGAGAACUCUGACUUGCUGGAGGAAGUCCUUAACAAUGCUCUCUGUUCUGCAGGCAGAAUGUAAGUGUCUACGUGCUGGCCACACACUGAACUUUCUUCAACUGUGGUUUACUAAGUGUCUACCUGAGACACUACUGUGGCUCUCUCUCUCUCUAGCCUCCUGAUUAUUACUGCUUGACGUAGAAGACCUUUACUUCAGAGGUUUUCUGAUAACAUUUGUGCUGAUUUUAGUAUCAAUCUUGGAACUUAUUUCGCCGACUGGAUAAGAAAACAAAUGGCUCAGAUUGGUAUUUAGAUUUAGAAUUAACUUCAGAACUACAACUGGUAUAAUUUUUAUUGUUGGCAUGAGAGUCGACAGUUAAAUUUCCAACUUAGGUCUUAAUAAAAUUCAUAUUCAUUUUA